ACCUGCAGGUAGACAGCUAGUAGGGCUGUGGCGGCCUCGUCUGUGGAAGGUUGUCAUUUUGGGGUUUUGUGCCUCAAAUCGGCACUUAUUCCAUCAGGGUCUGUGUAGCAGCUAUCCAUUAUCGUUUUAUAUGGAAGUCGGCAACGCGUAAAGCUCAACAGGCCCAGUGCUGAGGAUGUGUGGUUGCUGAAUAGCCUGACUGCACGUGUUUUGAGGAGCCUUCUGUGUCCCUUUUUCUUCCUUACCCUGAAGUGUCCCAACCAUGUCAACAGAAGUACAACCGGUGUCUAUAGCCUCUGCAGGACCCACUGCUGAGCUUGCACCUCCUGCUGUUCCCAGUGAGACCAGCACAGCUGUAACUGAAAAUCCUACAGCCACAACUGCUACUUCAACACCAACUGCAAGCAAAUUUUUCUCAAGAGAGAAGAAGAGAGCUCCAGAGAGGACAGAUGAGUACCUGCUGACCAGGUUUCAAGGUGAUGGUGUAAGAUACAAGGCCAAACUGAUUGGCAUUGAUGAUGUGCCUGAAGCCAGAGGGGACAAAAUGAGCCAGGACUCCAUGAUGAAACUGAAGGGCAUGGCUGUAGCUGCUCGUUCCCAAGGCAAACACAAGCAAAGAAUCUGGGUGAACAUCUCUCUGGAGGGAAUUAAGAUAAUUGAUGAAAAGACUGGUGUAAUUGAACAUGAGCAUGCAGUGAAUAAGAUCUCCUUCAUUGCUCGUGACAUCACAGAUAAUCGGGCAUUUGGAUACGUGUGUGGAGCAGAGGGCCAACAUCAGUUCUUUGCCAUCAAGACAACUCAGCAGGCACAGCCAUUAGUCUUGGAUCUGAAAGAUCUAUUCCAGGUGAUCUUCAACACAAGGAAGAAAGAAGCUGAAGCUGUCCAGAAGGAUAAUGCCAGUCCUGUUGAGAAUGGAGGUGAUGCCUUGGUCUGUCUGGAUGGUCAGGUAGAGACAGUAAAAACUGUGGAACAGCUGGACCUCUUUGGUGACAUGUCCACACCCCCAGAGAUUAACUCUCCCAUGUCUCCUGGAAAUGAAGUGUUUGGGGCCACUAUAUUUGGAUCAACUCAGGGUGAGGGUCCAGUUCAGUCCAGCUCCUCUGUUUCAGCAGAUCUGUUCAACCCUACAACCACCACUUCUACAGCUGCUCUUGCAUCAGGGUCACUGGGACUACCGUCUGUUCCUCAAGCUCAAAGUCCAUGGGGUCAACCAGCCCUGCCACUAUUUCCACCCCAGGGCUCUGGCACCCAAGUAUCAGUCCAAGGUGCACUAAAUUCUCUUCCCCAGCCAUGUGCAUUUGGGGGCUCACCAGUACCUCAGUGGAGACAGCAGAUUCCCUCUUUUGGCACUCCAGCUGCUGCUCAAGCUUGGGGCCAACCAGCAACCACAGCAGCUGUUUGUGCCUGGCCUCCAUCUGGCACAGUGUCCAACCCCUUUCAGCCCAGUGCAUUUCCUCCAAUGAUGGUUCCUCCUGGAGGAAUAACACGGCAGCUAUCAUCAGGGCUCCCUCAUCGGCCACCCCCUGCAAAAGAAGAGGUACCUGCUGUUAAAAGUGCUUUCACAGCUUUGGACCCCCUUGGAGGGAAGGAACAGAAAACUGGGAAGGAUAUGUUCAAAAAUUUCCAGAUGGCAAAACCUGGAAGUGCUCCUCUGUCAGGCCAAAACGCCAAUGGCCCAUUUGAACAGUACUUUUCCAACAAAGUUGGCAUAGCCCAGGAAGCAGCUGACCAUGAUGACUUUGACAUCAGUGAGCUGUCUGCAAAAUCCACUGAGCCUCCUAAACCUCCAGUUCAGCAGGCCUCUACAACAACUGCUCCAGGUUUGACCCCUUCCUCAGCAGGAGUGCUCCUGGAUGCUGCUUUCACUCAAAAUCCAGUGCCAAUCCCAUCAGGCCCAGAUCCUUUACCAGCUGCCAGUCUUUUUGAUGACUCUUUUGGAAGCAGCCAUUUGGCACUACCUGCAACUACAGGUGGUCCAGCUACACAGACUGGUGUAAAAGCUGAUACUUUUGACCCUUUUGGAGGAAAUCCUUUUGCCUAAACUCUUUCAAAUCCUGCACUGAGAAAGUGGGAGGCCAUCUGCAGCAGUGUGCUCCACUGUCCAGUCUUGCAUGUUUCUUUUGUCACUUGUAUCUAAUCUUGGGUUCCUCUAUUAAAUUGGCUCAAUUUCCCAAUGUUUAUCACUGAAAAUGCAAAUUGAAUGUGGAAUCUGAAGGAGUGGUUGUCACUUGUUGAGGGAUUUCAAAUACUGGGUGAUGGUAUAUUUGUCUGGCAUUAAAGCAGGAAAUGAAA